AUGGGCAGAUGUAGGCGGGGAGCCGCUGAAGCAGUUACUGCGGGAGUCUGCAAAUCGCGUGAUCUGUUUGAUUAUCCUUUUUGCUCCUCAAAUCGCCCAAACUGGGCAUCAAUUCAUGUGGGCACAAAUUCGUCCGCUUCGCUGUAUGUGUGCAUACAGACAGACAUACGAGCCGACAGACAGGCCUCGAUGCCUGUAGUGGGGACAGAGAGGGCGUAUCAGCAGUCCGGCCAGAAAAUGACCAGCCUCUUUAAUCGUGCCCCACUGUCCCACUUUUCCCCACCCACCAGUUCGGCCGCGUCAGCCCCUCCCCCGGCUCGGCUUGAAAUCACACCCUGA